ACUUCUGACGUUUAUGCAUUUGUCAAAUGUGUCUGUCAAUUUCGAAACUAAAACAUCCGUUAUUUUCGUAAUUUCAGUUUUCGUUGUUCCUGACGAUUAUACUUAUUUUUAUAAACUUAGAUACUGGCUGCUGAUUGUUUUUUGUAUUGCCAUUGGAUGUUUCUCACUUAAGAAAUGGAAAUAGUGUAAUAAGUAAUCAACAAAUUUUUCCAAGUUUGCAAAACUAUUGUGUUGAGUGAAAGAAAUUGUGAAGAAUAAGUUACCUAGCAUGGCGUCCGACGAAAGUUUCAAAACACCUGUAUCUUCAACUGAGGACCUAAUGACCUUAUCUCCUAAAAGAAACGGACUUGUAGACCUAGACACGAAGAGCGACUUUCUCACCGACACUGAGUUCGACAGCAUAUGCGAUGUUACCAUGCGGGAAGUGCCAUUACGUGACGAUAAUCUCUUUAUUGACGCUAAUAGCUUGGAUUACCUCGUCAAAUGCACUGAAUCAAAAAAAAAUCAAACUUUAGUAGACAGGGGGAAGGACAGCUUAUUCGUGAAAUUUGAUCCCUUGUACGCUAAAACAACGCUAGCCAACUGUACCCAAGAGAAUUCUCGAGAGGAGUUAUCAGAGAGUGACAUUGGCUAUGAAACUGCAAGUAAUAAUUCCAUGUUGGCUGAUGUUGUGCCACAUUCCAUCACAUCAUCUGCAGCUUCAGUGACUUCCAAGUGUGGGAUAGACAAGCCGACACAGAUAGUUAGUCCAGUAGUGAGCGCAGAAGUCCCUAAAGCAAUUCCAACAUUCGCAGCGUCCGUGGCACCACUUGUACGUAGUGUUUCGGCCAUUCUUACUCCAACCCCAGUGGGCCCAGAAAGACUUGUAAACAUAUCUGGGGGUACACCGCCCAUGGCGGCUCCACGCAGCCCACGCUUCAAAUACAAUGCUGCUCAAGACUUCAACCACGUACAAUCAUUACGAGUCAUUCUACAGAACCAAGACCAAGAGCUCUCUUACCUUAGACACGAGAACAAAGAACUAAAAUACACAUUACAAAACACUAAAGAAGAACUAGGCAAUAAAAUAAAGAAGCUUGAAGGUGAUGUGCAAAAUUUAGUACAAAGAGAACAGAAACUAGUGCAACAGAUCAACGACAAAGCUUUGAGUAACAAACAAAUGGCAAUCGUUAUGGAGGAAUACGAAAAAACAAUUACAGUGCUGAUCAACGAACAGGAAAAAGUGACAUCUGAAAAAGAGGAUGCAUUAAAACAUCUCACCAACAUGGAGAGCUCUUUUAACGAUUUACUAGCAAAAUACGAAAAGUGUAAGAUCGUGAUUAACGAUUUCAAAGACAGUCAAAAAGCUAUGCAACAGAAAAUAUUGGAAAAUGAAGCUGGAAUGAAGAAGUAUGAAAACUUAUACAAUACACUGAAAAAAAUUACAUCAGAUAGUCUCAAUAAGGCCAAUGAGACUUUGGACCAGGUUAAUAAAGCACACAAUAUAGAAGUAACAAAACUAAAUGCCAAUAUUAAAAAACAUGAAAUAACUAUAUCUUCCCUACAGGAAUCAUUGACCCAGAAGAAUAGAGAAAUUGAAGAAUUGACUACAAUUUGUGACCAACUUAUAAACACUAAAUAAUUCUUACACCAUUUUAUUUUGUAUGCAAGCUUUCAACACCCUAUUUUCAUUUAUCUUAUUAGAAUUAGAAUUAUUUUUAAUCUUUACUUUCAAAGCCAUUUUAUAGAUCUGUUUCAGUUAAAAUUACAAUAUUUUAUUAUUAGAAUAGAUUUUUUAUAGUUAUUUAUCUGAAGAUUUGUGGCAGCUGUUUUAUUUUACAAACAAUUGCCCGAUUGUGUUAAAAAAACAUUCAUCUAAUCAUAAUCGAGAGCAUUAGUUCCACAUUUUUUCAAAGCGAAUCAAAAGCCAGAAUUUGCUACUGGUUACAAUUAUGAUGAAUGUGUUUCAGACUGGUUUUAUGACCAUGAUUUGUCAUUUCUAAAAAUUUAGCAUUUUAGGGAUUUAAAUUAUAAAUUAGAGUUAUAGCGGCUGUAGCUACUUACACAUGGUGUUGAAAAGAAUCUCACGUUUUGUUAAGUUCAUUUUAAACCUAAUAUUUGUUUGAUAUUUCAUUAAACCAUUUGUGACAAUAAAUUUUCUAAUAAGGUU